UGAGGGCGAGCCAUGGAGGCCUCCGGACCGUUUGCGGGAGCUGAGGAUUUAAGCCCAGAGCAGGCUGCUUAUUACCUGAGAUAUGUGAAAGAGGCCAAAGAAGCUACUAAGAAUGGAGGUCUGGAAGAAGCACUUAAACUUUUCAACUUGGCAAAGGACAUUUUUCCCAGUGCAAAGGUGAUGAGCAGAAUCAAGAAAAUCCAGGAAGCCUUAGAGGAAUUAGCAGACAAUGGAAACGAUGAAUUCACAUACGUGUGCAACUCGGACCUACUGAUUUAUCGAGAACUGUACAACCAGCUGUUUGAGCACCAAAAGGAAGGUAUAGCUUUCCUGUAUAGCCUAUACAGGGAUGGCAGAAAAGGAGGUAUCUUGGCAGAUGACAUGGGGUUAGGGAAGACUGUUCAAGUCAUUGCUUUCCUUUCUGGUAUGUUUGAUGCUUCACUUGUGAAUCACGCACUGCUAAUUAUGCCAACUAAUCUUAUUAUCACAUGGGUAAAAGAAUUUGUAAAGUGGACUCCAGGAAUGAGAGUCAAAACUUUUCAUGGUCCUAGCAAGGAUGAACGAAACAGAAACCUUAUUCGAGUCCAGCAAAGGAAUGGCAUCAUUAUCACAACAUACCAAAUGUUAAUAAAUAAUUGGCAGCAACUUUCAAGCUUGAAUGGUCAAGAGUUUUUGUGGGACUAUGUCAUCCUUGAUGAAGCACAUAAAAUUAAAAGCUCAUCUACCAAAUCAGCAAUAUGCGCUCGUAAUAUACCUGCCAGUAAUCGCAUUCUCCUUACAGGAACACCAGUCCAGAAUAAUUUACGAGAACUGUGGGCCUUGUUUGAUUUUGCUUGUCGAGGUUCCCUGCUAGGAACAUUGAAGACUUUUAAAAUGGAGUAUGAAAAUCCUAUUACCAGAGCAAGAGAGAAGGACGCUACUCCAGAGGAAAAAGCCUUGGGAUUUAAAAUAUCUGAAAAUUUAAUGACGAUCAUAAAGCCGUAUAUGCUUAGGAGGACUAAAGAAGAGGUACAGAAGAAAACAAUUGGCAAUCAAGAGAUCAGAUCUGGUGAAAAGAAUCCAGCUGUUGAUGCCAUUUGUCAAAUGCCUUCCCUCUCCAGGAAAAAUGAUUUAAUUAUUUGGAUACGCCUUGUACCUUUACAAGAAGAAAUAUACAAGAAGUAUGUGUCUUUGGAGUGUAUCAAGAAGUUGUUAAUGGAGACACGGUCACCUUUAGUUGAGUUAGGUAUCUUAAAGAAGCUGUGUGAUCAUCCUAGACUGUUACCUGCAAGGACUUGCCAUUUGCUAAAUCUAGAGGAUAUACAGUUCUCUGUUGAAAAUGAAAGAGAGAAUUUACUUAAUAUGGAGCAGUUCAAUCAGGUAACUGAUACUGCACUGAUACAGGAAUCUGGAAAAAUGAUAUUUCUAAUGGACCUGCUUAAGGAACUGCGAGAUGAAGGGCAUCAGACUUUGGUGUUUUCCCAAUCAAGACAAAUCCUAAACAUAAUUGAAUACCUCUUAAAGAAUAGGCACUUUAAAAUACUGCGAAUUGAUGGAACAAUUAGUCAUCUUGUGGAACGAGAAAAAAGAAUUAACUUAUUCCAGAGAAAUAAAGAUUACUCUGUUUUUUUGCUUACCACUCAAGUAGGUGGCGUUGGCUUGACAUUAACAGCAGCAACUAGAGUUGUCAUUUUUGAUCCUAGCUGGAAUCCUGCAACUGAUACUCAAGCUGUGGACAGAGUGUAUCGAAUUGGACAAAAAGAAAAUGUUGUAGUUUAUAGGCUAAUUACUUGUGGUACUGUAGAGGAAAAAAUAUACAGAAGGCAAAUUUUCAAGGAUUCAAUAAUAAGACAAACAACUGGUGAUAAGAAGAAUCCUUUUCGCUAUUUUAGUAAACAAGAAUUAAGAGAGCUCUUUACAAUUGAGGAUUUACAGAACUCAGCAACCCAGCUGCAGCUUCAGUCUCUACAUGCUGCUCAGAGGAAAUCUGAUAAAAACCUAGAUGAUCAUAUUGCCUUCCUCUAUUCUUUGGGAAUAGCUGGAAUCUCUAACCACGACUUGAUGUACACACAUGACUUACCUGUUAAUGAAGAGCUUGAGGUAAUAGAAGACUUGAACUAUAUUCAAAAAAGGGUUCACAAAGCUCAAUUUCUUGUUGAACUUGAGUCAAAAAAUACUGAACUCCUAAUGAAAAGACAGAAGAUUGAGAAGACUUGGCUAACUGAAUCUGAAUUUUCUCAAACAAAGGUGAAAGGCCAUCAUUUGAAUAAACCAAAGCCUCAAAUUGCAUGUCAUAUGACUAUUAAUGAAAUUGAGCCUGAAGAUACCGCGUCUCUACUGGCAAGCAUAGUCAUUGAUGAUCAGCCUGACAAGAGUGAGAAAGAAGCUCUCAGCAGCAUAAAGAUGAAUGUUUCUGACCUCCAAGAGAGUAGGCACACAUGUGAAAGUUCAUUCCAUGAAGCUUCUGUUGCUACUUUCCAUAAGGGCUGUGAAUAUGAUGAAGUUGGUAGGGACAGUCUAUUGGAAGUGACAGAAAGUUUUGCUGCUGAAACCAAGUCUCUGCCAAAAGUGGCAUUAAGAGAAGAGGUACCUACACAGGAAGUAUUACAAGAGAAAUCUCUGAGAAGUUGUGAUGAUUUACCCAGUGUAUUAUUAGUCAGAAAUGAUCUAGAACCAAAUCUCCAUCAGCUAAAGGAUGAGAUUAUGUAUCACUGCAGUCCAGGCCCCGUAAAUCCUAUAACAAAUGAAAAUCAAAACAGCGACUUGAAAGCAUCUAUUACUAAAAAAUGUAAUGAUGCUCAAGCAAAGGAAGCCAAGUUGAAGGAGGGAACUUCAACAUUUUCACCAGAGUAUGCAUGCGAUUUCAAUCUUUACUUAGAAGACUCUACAGAUAAUAGACAGGAUUUUUCCAGUCAAUCUUUGCAGCAUGUUCACAAAGAAAAUAGUUUCUGUGGAAUUGCAGCUAGUUCUACAACAGAAUUUGUGCAGAGCAGAGUAUCUCUCAGUUUGAAUAGUGAUGACUACGACGAGUUAGGAGUAGUGAAUGUGAAAGCCAGAAGGAAAAUCAGAAGAAUCACUUCAGACAGCGAAGAUGGAGAUACUUCUAAAGAGACUGAAAGUACAAACCUGUUCAGUGUAUCACCUUUUGAAUUCUCAUCUGCAAAACAGUUUGAUACUUCAACUCCCAAAACUGACAAUUCACCUGGAAGGGUCUUCUCACCUAAGAAACCUGAUUUUAUAAAUAAGUCAAGAAGUUCUUUGGCUUCUAGGCGGUCACUUAUCAAUGUGGUUUUAGACCAUGUGGAGGACAUGAAGGAAAGUCUUGAUAACAGUAGUGAAGGGGAGGCUGUUGAAGAUUUGAUGGAAGAAGAAACUGAAGAAAGUAGUGGGGAAACCUCUGAUGGAAAAGAAGAAUCUUCUUCCAGAGAAAUUCUGCCUCCAGAAAAUAAGGCCAGGUGGUUAACUGUACAUAAUCCUGACUCUCCAGCUCAAGAGCCACCUUCUGGUGUCCCUGAGCCUUUGUGUGGUUUACAGUCCUGUGAUUAUCCCCAGGAGAAGCCAGUGGAGAUGACAGAUGACUACGAGAGUCUGAUAAAGCAUGGAAAAGAACUGAAAGAGUGUGGGAAAAUACAGGAAGCUUUAAACUGUUUAGUUAAAGCACUUGACAUAAAAAGUGCAGAUCCUGAAAUCAUGCUUAUGACCCUAAGUUUAUAUAAGCAACUAAAUAAAACUUGA